AAAAGUUGUAUAUAUAUUGUAUAAAUAAAUAUUUUGCACCUUAUACAUAUGAAAAAAUACAUGUUUGGAAUAUAACGUUAUUGUAAGUCACAUGUGACUCAUGUAUACUUCAAACAGAGGUUAGGAAUGUACAAAACAUGGAAACCACAUGUUUUAGAAACUUUGAUUAUUUGCAUUAUAUAAAGAAAGUUAAUACUAAAUAAGUGCGGAGUUAUUAUUUUUCUAUUUAUAAGAGCAAUAUAUGCAAUUUGUUUUAAAUAUAUAUAUAUAUAUCCCUUUUUGGAAGAGUUAUUGUUAACACAAAAUUGGUUAAAAAUAAAAGUAAAUACACUACGGAAUAGGAAACAUAAUAAACCAUGGAUCAAUAUUUCAAAAGCUAUGAAGAACUUGAUGUUCAUCAAUUAAUGCUAAGUGACAAAACACGUGUUUUAGCAUACAAAACUGCUAUUUUUAAUUUGAAACAUAAAUUUCAGGAUAAAGUAGUAAUGGAUGUUGGUGCUGGCUCAGGAAUAUUAUCAAUUUUUUGUGCUGAAGCUGGAGCCAAAAAAGUUUAUGCAGUGGAAGCAAGUAUAUUGGCAAAGAACAUUAAGCAAGUAGUGAUUGAAAAUAAAAAGCAGAACAAAGUUGAUGUUAUUCACAGUAAAGUUGAAGAAAUUCAUCCAGACAGUUUGGAGAAAGUGGAUAUAAUUGUUUCAGAAUGGAUGGGAUUUCAUUUAGUACACGAAGGAAUGUUAGAUUCUGUACUUUUUGCCAGAGAUCAUUUCUUACAGGAGGAUGGUUUAUUGUUUCCAUCUGUAGCAAAAUUAUAUGCUUCACCAUGUCAGUUACCAACUAUGUAUAAGUUUUGGGAUGAUAUAUGUGGAGUUAGUAUGAGAUGUAUUGGGGAAGAGUACAGAAAAAUUAAAUCUGUAAAGCCAGAAGUGCUGCUCAUAAAUCAAGAUGAUCUUUUAGCAGAAGGUAAGCUGCUUGUUUGGUUGGACUUGAAAUGUAUUUCUCUGGAAGAAUUAAAUCUAUUAGGAGGAGAGGAUUAUGUGUCAGUUUGUAAGAAGAAUGGGAGAUAUCAAGGAAUGUGCAUUUGGUUUGCGGUUGAAUUCCCAGAUGGUUCAGAACUGUCUACAGGACCUCAAGAUAAAGCUACUCAUUGGAAACAAACUGCAGUUGUGCUGCCAACAGACAUAGAAGUGACAAAACACGAACCCAUCGCUUAUAAAUUGGAAUUAAAAAGAGAUUUAUCGAAUUCACGACAUUAUAAUAUGGAAUUAAGUAUGUUGGAUACAGAGGAAGUAGAGCACGAUGUUCCAUGUGGAUGUCACAUGACAAAAUGUAUAGUAACAAAAGCAUACAUCGAAAACAAUGAAAAUGUAUUAAAUGAAGUUAUAAAAGAACGAAAUGAAUAAAGAAUAUUAAACUUUAUGUAAUUUGACGUUUGAUCGAGUUUGCUCUGCAUGUCGGUAACAUCGAUGCACGUGCAUGCAGUACGGAAUAGAACCACAUGUGUGGAUAUAGCACAGAAGAAAACCAUGUACGUAACAUACUCAUCGUCAAAUUGCUGUACAUGGCUACGUGUCAUUGUACACCACCGUGGACGUAGCGCUGGCAAACAAGGUGAGGUGAGUCGUUGUCCGCGGGUGUAUCUAUUGACAAGAACUUCAACGACGCAACGAUCAUAUCCACGUCAAUCGAGCGUACGUACCGGUUGAUCGAGUGCAACAACUGACAAAAUGA